AUGGUGCUGAGCAAGAUGCCAUCGCCAAAGCCAGUUCUCCAGCACGGUUGGUCAGCAUCGACCUUGCUGAAUGGCAUCGGUUGCAUGGAUGCAAAUUGCUUGAAAGCAAUCAAAGCCGAACUGCCAGAUGACCCCACUGAACUUGCAAAGCUCCAACAGGUGCUUGAAUCUGUGAGGGAAGCUUCAUCAGAGAAGAAUACGCCAACAACCAAGCCCGGGAUGCACAGAUCUGUUUCCACAGCCACGACAGUACCUGCGACUACACCUGAGUUGAUAGCUGCUAAGGUCAUGGCAGCUCAACCUUCUGGCUCAGCUGGGUCGAGACCUUCUUGCUCAGUUGGUUCGGGGCUGGAAGCUGUUGGACAGCGCAAGGCUUUUACAGCAGUUAAAGCAUCAGCACCGGCUCCACCUCCAAAGGCAGCAGUUGCAGCUGUGGCCCGUCCCAGCCUUUGUCCUGCCCCAUGUGUUCCCUCAAUCGCACCUGCUAAGAGAAAGGAUAUUUCAGAGAAGGAACUGGCUUCAAAGAUUGCUAGGUUGACCUUGCCAUCCCCAAAGAGCCCCAUGCCCAAGCAAGCUGGUUUGGGAGCCCCCCGAAAUUUGACUCCAGAGUUUGAUGCAGCCAGUGGCCAUGAAAAUGGCUUGAUGCGCCCACCGCACAAUUGGAGCGCUACUUCUGUUGCACCAUCGCAGGCCCCUUCACUCCAUGAAGACCGCAAAAUGCAGUUCAUGGUGGAUCUCACCUCCAAGCAGCAGGCGGAGAUUGAGUCUUUGAAGAUGCAGCUGUCGCUUAUGCAGUCCAAAGGUGAGGCGGUUGCACCCAAUGAGACCAAUGGUGGAGCUCCACCACCAGGUGAUUCAGCCAAGGCACCUGAGCCUGCUCAGGAAGUGACCAUGGAUGUUGCAUCUCCAGCAGCACCUGCAGGUGAUGGUGGCGGGGAGGUUGAGGAACCCAUUGUCCUCCAUGUUUCGACCCUGACAAAAAGUGAGAAGGACAAAAUCAAGCGAAUUGUGACCCCCAAGGCCACUACGGGGCGACUUGAUGUUCCCAAAGAUAUUUAUGAACUUUGGCAAACCAACCAGGGCAAGGAGAAACUUUUCGCCAUGUGGACCAAAAGCGGUGGGGUGAAGGACAUCUUCCUGCAGAGGGUUGAAAUGUUUUCCAGCACAACCAAAUCCAAGAAGAUUGAAGUGAAGGGAGGAUUCUACAGUGAAAGCGAUAUGAAGACCGAAUUGGGAUACUCAGUGGAGCGCAUCGACAAAGUGAAGAAGUGGGCCCUUGCCAAGAAGCUGGUGAGGUACUGUGAAUACGAUGAAGAGGAGUUGGAGUUCUGGGUUAACACUCGCACCCAGGGGACGCUCACCCGUGAAGAUCUCCAGAGGCUGGCCGUUACCCAGUCCCAUGAAGGUGCUGGAUCUAUGGAUGAUAUCCCUUCCAUGGCUUUUGAUGGGGGUGCUGCGAUCCCGGGUCUUGGUGAGAUGGGUGAUGCCGCUCACCGACUGGAGCUUGAGGGGGAUUGCCAUCUCCAGGCAAAGGGCAAAGUGGGUAUGUACUUGAAGAAUGCCUUGAAGAACAAAAAUACCUUGUGUUCUACUGUUGACAAGAUCAGCCCGCUAAUGAGCGAGGAUACCUCAUGCCGCAAGAUGGUGGACAAGUUGCAGUCCAUCAUCGAUGAGAUCGAGACACAGUAUGAGAAGCUCACUGAGUUAAAGGCAGAGGGUGACACCACUGGAUUCACCGCCAAGAUCAAUGAGGACCUCGAGACCUGCUUCAAAUCGUUGACCAAGUCGAAUCUUUUCUGCAUUUACUCGUGGGCUCAGUAG